AUGGAUAUUGAUUACAAAGAGAAGGAGUCAAAAGUCAUUGAUAAAUCCAAAAUUUUUCAGACAGAAGAAGAAAGUAAUGAUGAUAUUGAUGAUGUUGAUGUACUAUUUAAACCAAUUUUGCCGGGUCCAGAUAUGAUUAAAGAGUUAUUUGAUAAUUUUAAGGGUUAUCCUCCAGAAACUCAAUUAUAUGCGUUAAUGGAAUUGCGACGUGUUAUUCAAAAUGGGCAUGAAGAUGAAUUUUCCACAUUAUUAGAAAUGAAAUUACCGCAAAUAUUAUUGGAAAUCGUAUUUACUGCUAGUUCUAAAACUGUUGUCAUUAAUUCGAUUCAAUCCAUAUAUAAUUGGAUCAUUUACGCAGAAGAAAUUCCAGAAAUAUUUUAUGAUACAGAUUUUAUGCUAUUAUUAUUUAAGAUAUCAACUACGAUACCUCAGAUUGAUGAAAAUGAGGGGAACCAAAUUGAUUCAUUUCAAAAAAAAGAUGUUAUUAAUUUAUUCCGUUGUUUGUUAACAAAAAGUCAAGAUUUCGCAAAUGAGGUAGACAGAGAAGAGUACAUUGGAAGAUGUAUUCGAUAUAUCCAAUACUAUUUUACUGAGAAACAAUGUACACCUGCUUUCAUGAAUGAAAUUAUUGAUUUAUUACGAAUAUUUUUGCGGUCAAAGUUUAUAUUCGAGUUAAAAAUUGAGGAAUGUGAAUCUAUGUUUGGUAUUCUUCACUUUUUGGACCAAAAAUUAUCAAUUGAAUACGCAAACUAUUACGAAAUUGUUUUGGAUUUAGCAUUAGUUUAUUUUAAUAUAAGUGAUGAUUUCGCUCGGUACUUUAUAGAAGAAAUUGACUUAAAUCAAAUGAUAAUAAAUUGUACUCACGGAGCAUACUUGGAGAAGGACUCUUUAAUCAGUUUUCUCUUUGAAUGCAAUGCAAAAGAAGGCGUUCGGAUUAAUGAUGCAUUCGUUAAUUCCUUGCAUUGGCAAACAAUUAAAAAUUUCAUGAAUGAUGAAGACGAAAUAAUGUCUGAAGAUUUGAACAACAUUGCCGAAAGAACUUUAAUAUGGAUUAACUCACUAGUUCGUGAAUUUCCGAUGCUUUUGAAUGGCCCUGAAUUUGAAGACUUUGUUGAUGAGAUGUUAACGUUUCUUGCGGAUUCUGUUACGGUGUGCAGAAUACAAGCAAUGAAAUUCCUUGCUUUAUCAUUUAGAUUAACGUCAGAAAAAGUGAGAAAUCACUUAAUUGAAAAUAAUUUCAUUAAUUAUUGUGCAGAAUUCCUUUCAAAUGAUAAUGAAACGAUUUUAGAUGUCUUAUAUGUAAUUGAUAUCCAAAUCCACGCUGAAUCUAGUAAUUCAAGUAAUGAAUUUAACGAAUUCAUGAAUUAUUUGACUGAUCUUGGAAUUCUUGAUGAUAUUGAUGAGUUGUCAGUCUCUGAUAAUGAAAAAAUAGCUUCUGCAGCCUCUAAUUUAUUAGUUUUCAUUAAUUCUUUUGAACAAUAA